AUGUGGUUAAAAGUUUUAUUACUCUCGAUUUUCGGAUGUCAGAUAAUUCUUACUUAUGACCUUAGUGGAGUGAUUUCUGGCAACCGAAUGGCUGGAGUUCCACUUGGAAGGUCGCUUGGAGAUGGCGAAGUGGACGUAGAGGGCAUUUGCACCACAUCAGGCAUGGCAUGCCAGAACUGCACCCACGCUGUGACUUGCGUACCACUCCCAAUUGGGUGGUUAAAGGUACCACUUCAGCAGUGUUCUGGAGAACAGAGCUGCAACGCACACUUGGGUCAAUGUUCUUCGCAGCAUGUCCCGGAAUGUGACGUGGUCAGCCAGAAGUACCAGCAUAUAUGUGAACAGGUUGGCAUUUUCCCAGACGCUUAUGAUUGCAGAAAGUUCCACUUAUGCUCGCCUCCUGUAGGUCUACCAGACGGAGCUCCAGCUGACCAUAGAGUCGCGUUAUGUCCAAGACACUAUAGUUACAAUCCUCAGACCGCUCAAUGUUCGAUCCCUCUACAGAACGGUCAAUGUAUUCGACGACCUGUUCCCGAUUGUACGAGGGUUGGCCAAUCAGGAGCUUUGGAGACGAGCUCAAACCAUUACUACGUGUGCCUUUCCAAAGGUGGAACUCUUAGAGCACAAAUAUUUAUUUGCCCACACGGCUGGCAUUUCUCAAAUGGGUAUUGUCGUCCUGAGUUAAUUGAUUCUACGACAGCAAAAUCUAUCGAUGAACCAACAAAAGCUACGAGAGAAUCGAGACAAAUGGAAGUUGCAACGACUGAAAAGACUACGAAGGUAGCAACAUCGAAAAUAGAUGCGUUCUUCUCGACAGAAAAGCCUGUGACCUAUGCGGCAGAUACUUUCUUAGCUGAUAGGUUUGACUUGGCUAAUUACGAAACAUUUGACGAGACGCAUAGCGCCAACGACUUUCCAAAUUCGUUUGAAGAGAGCAGCGAUUUUUGGUAA